GUCAUGAAAACCAAUCAGAAAAGUCCAAGCAGACAGUGAAAAAUGUCGGCGUAGGUGUAGUCGUCCUAAAGUUUUUACUUUUUAUCAGGCUAAGCGCGGGUGCAUUACAUUAACAGUUGUAAAAUAUUUAAUUUGACCUUACAUCUUUCCGUUACCCCGUAAUUACAUUAUCCAGAAAUGGGCGAUGAAAUGGACCCGUGUGAAUGCCUCUGGAACCACGAGUUGGCAAUGCGACGGCUCAUCUCGUUGCUUCGCCAAGGCCAGUCUUACUGUACAGACAAUGAAUGCCUGGACGACCAAAUGCCAGGGUUGCCGAGACCGGAAUCUGCCGGCAACAGUUUUCUCGUCAUGUUCUUGAUGAUGGCACUCGCUGUAGCUAUGUACAUGAUGCGCCCGCGCCGCAACCAGAUAGAGGACGCCGCUAAACCGAUGCCUAAUCCUCAGGACCGAGAUGGCGCUCCACCUACGCCUCCAAGAAUUUAAUAAAUACUGGCAACAUUCUUCAAUUUGUCUGUUCAGGAGGAUAACUCGAAUCCGUAUGUAUAAAACAUAAACCAACAAAAUGAAUAUAAACAAUAAUUAAUAUCAUAUUUAAGUAUAGAUAAGAUAUAUAUAGUUAUAUUACAUAUUAUACUAGUAAUAAUAGUUCAUUUUAAGAUGUGACAUUUUUACAACACCAAUAUUAAAAAAACCGUUUAAUCAUUCCAUGGAGAAAACGAUUUAUGCCAAGAUCUAAUAUGUUAUUUAAUUGUAGGUUUUUAUCCAUUCAAACUUUAUAUUUAAAUUCAAUAGUAUACAAGAGAUAAUUAAAUUAAAAAGCCAGUUAACUGUCAGAUGUGAGAAUAAAAAAACACAAUCUGUAAAACUUACAACUGUCGAUAUUUAAAAUUACUCAAUAAAGUAGUAUAAAUAAAAAAAAUAAAAACUUGUGUAACUUGUUUUUAUUAAAAUUACUCAAAAGUGAGAUUAUUACGAUGUUUGUUUGCAAAUUUUUGUUGAUUAUAUUUAAAUGAAAUAAACAUAAAUAUAUUAACUUAUAAAAAUUGUUUACCAAUGAUUGUAUUGGUGCUAAUGUAUAAAAAAAAGUUUGCAAAUAGAUUUUGAAGUUUUACAUCGCGUAUUUCACAAACAUUUUAUCAAUAACAUCACAAGUAUUUUAUUACCGGUAAAAGGAACCGUUUUUCAAGCAACACACAGAUCUGACGUGUAAAAUAAAAUUUGAAUCUAUAUUUUCGGUUUUUUCUCCUUCAAUUAGUGUUUUUUAUGGCGGUCAUAAUUGACUAAUGAUAUUUUUUGUUGUUUAAAUUACCAGAUUAUUAGUCUGGUUCAGCUUGUGAUAUUCCAUUAAUUUUAGUUGUUUUAUUUUGGGUUGGGUUUUCGGAUUAAUAACUUUUUUUCAUUAGAUUAAUUUUUGCUUUCACUUUUUAUUCUAAUGGCAACAAUCAAGAUUGUAUAAUAUGCAAAGUAAUAAAUAUGACACAUAAUA